CGACACGCAGGUCAUGUGGCCCCGUGAACAAGCUUCUGACAAGGGAGUCUGUCCAUCCACUGUUGAGCUGUUAACCUGAUGUGGCCUACUUCUUGCUCUCUCCUCCUCUCCUCUCCCUCUCCCAGGCCCGGUCAGUCAUGGCAUCCCCGCGGCUGGAGACCUUUUGCUGCCCGAACAGAGACGCAGCGACUGAGUUUGUAGUCACCUUCCAGCCCGUGUUGUUCGGGGCUUUAGGUCUGGGCAGCGCCGCCCUCAGUCUCUUCUUUGCUGUUUUACAAAUUUUGCCGAAACGCAAAGGAUACAGGAGACUCGGACAGUAUCCGCUGCCGAGGCCCGCGUCCUCCUCACGGAUAUUGUUCAUCAUCAGCAUAUGUGACAUACUGGGAUGUGCAGGUAUUAUUGUCAGAUCAUCUGUGUGGCUGGGCCUGCCAAACAUCAUCGACCAAAUCUCAGUUACCAACAGCACUAAUGCCUGGCCUGAGGUCUUCUGUGUUGGCAGCGCAAUGUGGAUCCAGUUGUUUUUCAGUGCUUCUUUUUGGUGGACCUUUUGUUACGCGGUUGACGUCUUUCUGGUGGUGAAAACAUCUGCAGGCAUCAGCACCAUUAUCCUCUACCACAUGAUUACUUGGGGUCUGGCUGUGCUGUUAUGUGUUGAAGGAGCGGCCAUGCUCUACUAUCCAUCCAUCUCAGAUUGUGAGCAAGGCCUUCAGCACGCCAUCCCGCACUAUGUCACCACAUACGCACCAAUGCUGCUCGUCCUCGUAGCCAACCCUGUCUUCUUUACUCGGACCAUCUCUGCAGUGACAUCUUUGCUAAAAGGACGACAAGGAAUCUACACAGAAAAUGAGAGGCGGCUGGCCAAUGAGAUUAAAAUACGCUUCUUUAAAAUCAUGCUGGUGUUCUUUAUAUGCUGGGUGCCCAACAUCAUCAACGAGAGCCUCCUCUUCUACCUGGAGAUGCAGACAGACAUCAAUAACACCGGUUUCAGGAAUAUCAGAAACGCAGCCCUCAUCACGUGGUUUAUCAUGGGUAUCCUGAACCCGAUGCAAGCUUUCCUGAACACUCUGGCCUUUCACGGCUGGACGGGCUUCGACGUUGACUUCAGGCUGCAGCAGAGGAGAGAGCAGGCCUGGGACUCUGUUUCUACUUCAGCACCUAAUACUGCAGGCCAUAAUCCCAUGGUGGGAACUACUCUGCUUUACCAGAGUCAUGUCCAGGAUGCCAAGAAGAACCUGAUGGGCAACGGACAGCACCACUCCGACGCCAUCAGUGUCCUAUCAGAAGGUUCAGAGUCUAGUACAGUUGAAAUCCACAUUUCCAGCGAGCUACGAGACUAUGAGGAUGUAGACGCUGACGGAGAAUCCUUGGAGAACUCUGUGAGGCACUAGCUGGGGUGAUCAACAACCCGCCUCCCUCUACUAUUUCUGUGUGACAUUGUUCUUUUAGUUACUUUUGUUUUUAGAUUGUCUUUUCUUAUCCCAUUGAGAUAUUAAGUGGUCAUGAGAUUUCGUUAAUUGGUACAACAGAAUGAGUUUAAUUCUUAACUCUAAGCCUUUUAUUCCUUCUUAAGCUUUUCUUUUUAAAUCUGCUUGCAGUAACACCGUCAUGAACGACGACAGACCUAUCAACUGUACACCAGCCAAACAGUCCCAAAGCUACUGCACCGCCUCUUGUAGCAGUCAGUCAACAGAAUAGGUUUUUUGUAGUAGUUUUUUUAUAUUAAUAACUCACAGGCACCUUUAAAAGUAUGUUAAGUAUUUGAGGAAACAUUUUCCUGGCAAAUUGGCUGAAUUAGAUGCACGCUGGUUUUGUGAUGUUCAUAGAGUGAAAUAAGCUAAUUAGUGUUCUUUUUAAAAAAAAAAUGUAUUUCCAAUUUUCCAUCUUGUAUUUUUGCACACAUCUAUUUUAUACUAUAUUAAAUU